AUGAAAUAAGUGCCAUCAACAAAUGAUUAUUCUAUAUUAAGAAAAGUUCAAAUACUUCACACUCAUACUUAAUAGUCUAAUUUCACAUUGGGAAGAACUACUAGUUAUGAGUCUAAUUAAUUUUGCAAGAGUUUUGACAUUAUGUCAUUUCGGAGAGCUUCUACAAAAGAUGAUAUUAAUAAUACUCUAUAAGGGAAGAAUUCAAUAAGUAGUUAAGAAACACUUACAAUCUGUAAUCUUAAUUAUAUUAAGUAAAAUGUUAAUUCCAAAAUAUUUUAGUCCUUCUUCUUACAUUGAAAUGGAUCAAUUAUAGACAAAAGUAUGGAAAUCCUUAUAGAAAUAAUAAUUGGUAUAUCAUUGUAAUAUAAUAAAGUAAAAGAUUUAUUUGAUUGACAUAAUUGUAUUAUUGCGAAAUCAAAAUGAAUACGAAUUUAAAUUUGAUAUAAGUAAACUAUCUUGUUUUCUUAUGGUCAGAGACUUAUCUAAUUUAAUAUUAUAAGCUUACUAUUAUAGAAUAAAUUAAUCUCAUUAGAAUUUUGUUCUACCUUAUUUAUCUAUUUUGGUGGGCAAAGUUAAAACAUAAAAACUUGAUGGAAAUAUGAGACUAUUUGAAUUAAUACACAUAUUGUUAAAUGGUCAAAGAACUCUUAUUUUAUAAGAAUCAACUUAACAAAUUUGA